AUGGCACGCGCCCUGCCUCUCAUACCCUGGUCCAAGACCUCCAUUCUUAAUUGUCGCAUGCAUUUGAACUCGUCGAGGAUAGCGCAGCACGCAGCUCUGGACCUGUUCGUUCUUGGAUUUCCCCACCAAGCCAACAAACUUCUCGAGUCAAUCCAAAAGUACGGUCUUGACACAACAACCUGGGACUACUACGGUCACACUACCGAAGAGCAGUUGCAAGGAGCAUGGACAACUAGCGACACUUUCCCAACAUGGGCCCGCAGAGCAGACGACGCGAAUGCGGAUAGCAUCAGCACCGCGGGUUUACCGAACAACAUCGCAACGAAAGCUGAGGAAGGGACGCUCAGUAAAGAAGAUGUGGAAACCGUACGCGAGCGCCUAAAUAUGAAGCCGGAUGCUACCUACAGGCAUGCCGGGGAAACCAUGACGCUCGGUGCGGUGACACAGAUUGCGUUACUUGCGGACGAGCAUCGUCUAGCUACCAGUCUGGUCGAAGAUAACAUAAAAGAACUAUAUCAGUACUUGCUGGAUAAUUGGGACAACCCAGAUAGAAGCGGUGACGAGACCAGGCACUACAUCUUUCGUCGCCAAGGCUUGGAGGAUUGCCCAGGCAUCUGGCCCGUUCUCGCGUCUGUUAAGCUCGGGGAUACAUUCGGUGUGCGUGCAUCUGACGUGGAUGAAUAUGUCAAAGAAGGUUGCGCCCUCAUCGAGAAGCGUUCUACCGAAGGCCCCGCUCGACCGUAUCGAUCCAAAACGAUGGCCGAACUUGUAAAGAUGGUUGACAAAAACAUCCUCACCGAACGCGAAGAUAGCAGUGAAGAUACAAUACCCACUGUUCUCAAGGACGGCGCAACGGAAGCUCAGAUUGCCGCCCUCGAAAAUCGCCUCUCCUCACCCGACGAGCAUUCGUUCGUCGCGCUCCCCGGCGGAAAGCUUCCUGAUGACUACAGAGACUUUCUACGUGCGAGCAACGGCAUCGAUGAGGAUAUCUUCUACAGCACGGACGAAGUCAAUACAUCAGGAAGCUGGAUGCAUGACAUGGACUAUACUCUGUUCCCCAACGAAAACAACGGCCACCUCCUUCAUGGCAGCGAUAGAGACUUCGACGAGAUCGAACUAGGCGACUACGCGUGCUUCACCAUCGGCACUGGCGAUGGUGAAGGCAACGUUACACUUAUACCACCUGCGUCGGUCAAACCCAUCGUCGCGAAAUUCGAGAAGGUGUACGCGGAAGCAAACGAGGGAAACAAGAGAGUUUAUGAGCGUGCAGCUUUGGAUCUUUAUGGUGGUAUAGAUCAGCUCAGGGCGUUGGAGUGGCUAUGCAUCGAGUUUCAGCACUCCGCGUAUGAGGAGAGAAUUUGGGGUGGGCUUAAGCCUUUUCUGGAAGAGUAUGUCAAGUGGGGAGUUGAUCAAUGGGGCGCAGUGGAGAGACGGGAAAGGAGGGACAUGAAGAAGGAGCAGGAGGAGAAGGCUAAGAAGAGGAAGAGGUAA